AUGGGAAAUCUACCACUGGAGCGAGUAUCGCGAGCCCCUGCCUUCCAGCGUGUGGGCAUCGACUAUUGUGGCCCUUUCGAGUUGCAACCAGCCACCCGAAAAGGAGCACCGGUGAAGUGUUAUCUUUGCCUGUUUGUGUGCUUGGUCUGCAAAGCAGUUCAUGUUGAAGUUGUGAUGGAUCUCACAAGCGAAGCUUUCCUUGCCGCUCUAAGGCGAUUUGUCGCAAGGCGUGGACGGCCUGAGAUGAUUCUGUGCGACAACGCCUCCAACUUUGUCGGAGCCCGACGAGAGUUGAACGAGUUGCAUAGACUAUUUCAACAACAGCAAUUCCAGGAACGAGUUUCAACAAGUGCAAUGCGAGACUUGAUAGAGUUCAAGUUUAUCCCAGCGAGAUCCCCGAACUUUGGCGGCCUAUGGGAGGCCGCAGUCAAAUCGCUGAAAGGGCAUAUGCGGAGAGUAGUCGGUAACAGAACGUUGAAACUGGACGAGAUGCACACUGUCGUGACGCAGAUUGAAGCUUGCUUCAACUCAAGGCCGUUAACACCGUUGAGCAACGAUCCGCGUGACUUGGAAGUUCUAACGCCUGGGUACUUCUUAAUUCAGCGUCCUCUCACCGCUAUACCUGAGCCAAGCCUCAGCGAGGUACCGGAGGGAAGACUUAGCAGAUGGCAACGUGUCCAAAGCUACAGCCAGCAGAUUUGGAAGGUUGGGAAGAGUAACGGAGAUUCAUCCCGGUCCAGACGGAAAUACGAGAGUUGUCACCGUCCGCACGAAGGAUGCCGUGUCAUUCUUCAACAGCGUUCGGGUACGACCGGUACGACUGAGAAGCAGCAUCAGGGUCUGGCGACAUCAUCGGAAGGCAUCGAACGAGGAUCAGUCAGUCGUAGACAAUCUGGUGAAUGGGCAAGAAUCGUCUACAGCGUACAAUAG